UUUGAAUAUUCAGCUAUUCUACUAUAAAUAUAUUCCAAAUAAUUAUUUACCUUACCCUUUGUACCACACAUAUUUUGUCAUCAUUAUCAUUCUUUUUAAAAAUCCGACUGUUAUCUAGGUAUAUUCUCUGUUUUUUAAAAUACAGGGAAAACAUGUUGUCCACCUAUCUGCCUGACUAGAAUUCGCUGUGGCUAGCUGUCAGUUGCUGAAAGCGGUGACUGCUUAACAUUUCAUUUAGUCCUUUGCUGUACACCGAAAUCAAUCGCAACAAUGUUUGAGGAGGCGAGUGAGGUGUUUGACAACAUGUUCAAAUCUUCUUUUCCCCUAACCUUCAUUGUUUUCAUCCCCGCGGUGCUGAUCUUGGUGUCCCCACUCCCGGCCGAGGCGGCACAUGAGUUCACGGUGUACCGCAUGCAGCAGUACGACCUCCAGGGGCAGCCGUACGGUACCAGGAAUGCCAUCUUAAAUACGGAGGCCCGCACUGUUGAGGCAGAGGUAUUAAGUCGUCGCUGUGUUAUGAUGCAACUAGCAGACUUCUCCUACGAAAAGUACCAGAAAGCUCUCCGGCAAUCAGCAGGGGCUGUGGUCAUCAUCCUGCCCAAGAACAUGUCUGCUAUGCCGCAGGACAUAGUACAGCAGUUCAUGGAGUUGGAGCCAGAGAUGCUGGCUACUGAGACCAUUGUUCCUGUCUACUUUGCAAUGGAGGACGAUGAGCUGCUGUCCAUCUACACUCAAACCCUGACUUCUUCAUCCUCUCAGGGCUCUUUAUCAGCAGCUGAAGUGCUGUUGCAUACAGCCACAGCAAAUGGCUUUCAGAUGGUAACCAGUGGAGCUCAGAGCAAAGCCAUCAGUGACUGGGCCAUCACCAGUUUAGAGGGUCGUCUGGCCGGGGUCGGAGGAGAAGACCUGCCCACUAUUGUCAUGGUUGCUCAUUACGACUCUUUUGGUGUUGCUCCAUGGCUGUCGUAUGGAGCAGACUCAAAUGGAAGUGGGGUCUCCAUGUUGCUGGAACUUGCUCGUCUUUUCUCAAAGCUCUACACAUACAAGAGGACACAUGCUGCGUACAACUUGCUGUUCUUUGUGUCUGGUGGAGGAAAGUUUAACUACCAGGGCACUAAACGGUGGCUGGAGGACAAUCUGGACCACACAGACUCCAGUCUGCUGCAGGACAACGUAGCCUUCGUGUUGUGUCUGGACACUCUGGGGAACGGUGACUCGCUGCACCUUCAUGUGUCCAAACCACCUAAAGAGGGAACGCCUCAGUUUUCUCUGCUCAAAGAGCUGGAGAUGGUGGUUGCAAGUCACUAUCCAGAGGUCAAGUUCUCAAUGGUCCACAAGAAAAUUAACCUGGCUGACGACAUGCUGGCCUGGGAGCACGAGCGCUUUGGGAUCCGCCGACUGCCAGCCUUCACUCUGUCCCAUCUGCCCUCACACCGCUCGGCUCAGCGCUCCAGUAUCAUGGACGUGCGGUCAGUGUCCCCCUCCUCUCGCCACGGAGCGGGAGAGCCACCUGCUGGGCCUCAUGUAGAUGUUAAGAAACUAGGUAGGAACACAAAGGUGGUAGCAGAAGCACUCGCCAGGGUCAUCUACAACCUCACAGAAAAGGGAGCACCUGGAGACCUGCAGAUAUUCACAGAACAAAUGCAGGUACAGGAAGAGCAUCUGUCUGCAGUAGUGGACUGGCUCACAGCGCAGCCUCGAGCUGCUCAGCUGGUUGACAAAGACAGCAAUGUCGUUUCCACCCUGGAGUAUCACCUCGGACGUUACCUUAAGGACGUCAAGAGACACUAUGUCAAAGCUGACAAAAGGGAUCCAGAGUUUGUAUUCUAUGACCAGUUGAAGCAGACUAUGAAUGCUUACAGAGUGAAGCCGGCUAUUUUUGAUCUGCUGCUGGCAGUCUGCAUUUCAGCCUACUUAGGGAUGAUGUAUCUGGCUAUCCAAAACUUCAGCGUCCUCUACAGCAUUAUCCGUAGAAUCACCCAACCCAAAGUCAAGGUCCACUGAGACUCUUUAUCUUCCAGAUCCUGCCGUAAUACUUUCUUUAAAUUAAGACUCUCAAAUCAGUACUGAGCUGCUGUUCUCAUGAUGGUCUUAACACCAGCAAAAUCACUUCCAUUUCUUUCAUCUGGAUGCACAAACUAUGAUGUCAGAUCCUGUCUUGCUGCCAACUUUAUCCAUGUGGUCUCAUGGACCAGAAUAAUCAGGAAUCAUUUUUCUCUCCACAGAUGUCUUGUCUGUCAUGUAAACUUGUGUUUGAUCUAUUUCAUUAUUUUACCAUGUGAGGGGUGUGGAGAUUUUCCAAAUCUUGCAGGUCUAGAUAUUAUUGAGUUAUGGUUUUUUUAAGUGGUCACUCUAUCCCUCUUCUCAGGAGGAUCAGUAGAAGCCAAACUAAUGUGGUGUUUAAUCAGGCAGCUAGUGGAAGAAACUGACAGCACGGUUUAACCCAGGCUAUUGUCAAGGAUUGUGUUCACCUACAGGACCAUUGAAAAUUUUAGACACACUUACUCAUUACAUCCAAUGGUUAAGUGUGUCCAAACUUUUGACUGGUAGUGUACCUGUUACUGUAAACAUUUUUCUAGCUUCUAUUAAUGUAGUAGUCACAUGCACUUAUGUGCUUUGAAAGAGUUAUUGAUCUCUUAAAACCGCAACCCCCAUUCUGUACAAAAAGGCUUUGUGCUAAGUGUAAAAUUCCUUCUUUGUGUUACACUUCCUCCCCUAAAGCAGCAAGGACUGAUGAUGAAAACGGGAUAUUUCAAACUAUAAAAGACGAUGACUGGGUUCAUCUGAAGCCCACACUGGUGCUCGCUUUAGAAUUUUAAGUUUACUCUUGAAGAAGACAUGAGCAUGUGAGUGUUUUGGGGGGGUUGUUGCUGAAGUUGUGUUUUCUUAUCUAAACAGAGAACAUUGUGUUUUGUGUCAGCCCCCAUUAAUCAUUUUAUCUGUAGAAACAAGUUACAAUGAGUUGGACCUGCAACUGAGCAGCAAAGGUGUGAUUUGAUUUGUCAAGCCAACGCUGCAGUAUUUAAACACUGGAAGUCUUAAAAUGGGUGGAACACACAUUGUUAAGAAGAAUAAGGCAAAAAUGUUCUUGAUUACAUUUAAAAUUAAUACUACAGCACUGCCUUGACCGUUUCUUAUUGUAGGUUAAUGAUGUUUAUCUGUUUUGUUAGCUUUGCUUUUUGUCCUUAUUUUUCAUAAUACUGCAUGACCUGUGGACCCUAUCCCCCGUCACCAUGGUAACAGUGAAAGGCCUUUUAAUUACCAACACAAGAGAAAUAACUGUGUGGUACAUAUGAAUUAUAAUUUACUGGACUGGUUUGUUUUUGUGUGUGCACCGAAAUGAACUUUCCUCCAAAGCCUGUUUCACCUCAUCCGUGAUACUUGAUCUUGCAAGGAAAAUGAUAUCAGUUGUGAAUAAAAAAAUAAAUUACAAAUCUUU